CUUGGCCUUUGCUCCUUUUUCUUUCUCUUUGACUUUACUUUUUUAUUCUUAUUUUUUUGUUCUUUUUUGUUUUUUCUUGCUUUAUUUUUUUAUAAUUUUGUCACAGUUUAAUCUGAAUUACGGACCCAAUUCUACAACCACUACUACAACAGACAGAAGAAAUAAGACAAUAAAAAUGGCCGCUGCACAAAAAAAUACUAGCUAUGACUAUCUGAUGAAGCUGCUGCUAAUUGGCGACUCGGGUGUCGGUAAGAGCUGUUUAUUGCUGCGUUUUUCGGACGACCAAUUCACCCCAUCGUUCAUCACAACCAUUGGAAUCGACUUUAAAAUUCGUACCAUCGAAGUGGACGGCAAGCGCAUCAAGCUCCAAAUUUGGGACACGGCUGGCCAGGAGCGCUUCCGCACAAUCACUACGGCAUACUACCGCGGCGCCAUGGGCAUUCUGCUUGUGUACGACGUCACUGAUGAGAGAUCGUUCAACAACAUUGAGAACUGGCACAUGAAUGUCGAGCAGCAUGCCAGCGAGGGCGUGAACAAGAUCCUUAUCGGCAACAAGUGCGACAUUGAGGACCGUCGGGCCGUGCCCAAGGAAAGAGGCCAGGCUCUCGCCGACAAGCUCAACAUCAAAUUCAAGGAGACCAGCGCAAAGUCAAACUUCCAGGUUGAAGAGGCAUUCCUCGAGCUCGCCGCUGAUAUCAAAAAGCGCCUGUUGGAUCGGCCAGCCAGCCCGAGCAGACUGCCUCUGACACCAAGGUCAACAUUGGCGACACGCAGCAGGGUCCCAGCCAGGGCUUGGGUUGCUGCUAAAGACAUUUUUGUGAGGUGCCAGCAGCUGCUGCUGUUGUCCCUGCUGAUUGAGCCUAGCAGAAUUUUGCUUUGCCAGUAUCGGUUGUUUUGUUUUUUUUGUGCAUGGUUUUGUUAUAGAUAAAGCGCAGCUUUUUGUAGCUUUUAUCCAUGAUGGCAAAUAAUUUUAGUAAACAUUCAACUAUUUUUGGUUUAUAAUUUUACACAUUUUCUAUAUAUACAUUAA